AUGCCUCAGUUGCCUCAGUUCUUUCGGAUCUUUGGUGGGUUUCAGACUCCGAAAGCUGUGGGACCCCCGAAACAUGCGGUGCCAGGUCCGGAAGUUUCACGUCCUCCGGUGCCCCGGGACACCUCACGGCAGGCGCCGGUGAAGCACCCCAGGGUGGAAGAAUAUCCGCUGGGCGACUGCGAUCCGGACACCUCGGACGGCUCUUCGGGGCCGAAGCGCAAGGUGACGGUGACCUCCUUCGAUGAAACGAACGUGGUGAUGUGUGGCUUGACCGUGAAGGCUACAGUGAUCCAGAGGACAGCACCAGGAUUUGGGUCUCGCAACGACUUUGAUCCUCAAACUCACGCGAAAGCUCAGUGGCUGGGCACAGAGCUCGUGAACUGGAACUUGGGCUAUGAGGAAUUGCUCACAGCUUUGAGGGGCCUGUGUCUGAAUGCCGUCCCUGAGCUGGGCCCGGCCGCCUUCGACUUUGCACACCUUCCAUGGAAGAAGCUCGCCGUGGUGAAUUUUACAUCUCCAGAAGUCUGUGCCAGGUGCUACGACGCUUUCAGCGUCAUGCUACCCCCAGUCGCAGUUCCGGCACCGCGGCUGAAGGGCGUCAAGGGCGCGCAUGGCGCCGUUGCAAACCCCCGGCCGUUGAUCGUUGACCUAAAGCUAGCAGAGCGUCAAGGCCUGGCUGACAAUCUUCGUUUCUGGUGUUUGCGUUCAGCAGACUUUCAGCAGAACCAGCCUAGAGUCUUUUGCAACGGCUUCCAAGUGGACUUGGUCACGUUGUGCGUACAGCUAGUUGAGCUAGCUACACUGGAGCAGGUGGGAUUCUUUCGCGCCUUCCCGGGCGCACGGCCAUGGCAGCGAGGGCAGCCAUGGCAACAGAACCCGGUCGCGCCGGCAGCGGCUUCUCGGAUGCCGCGGCUCCCGGCAGAGCCAGGCCUCGUGCCCAUGGGGCAAGUGCCGGGGAACGUUCGCAUCGGAGAACAGGGAGAAGUGAUUUAUGAACUUUGA